AUGAGCACCACAGCGAAAACACCGACUGACUUUCUGAAAGCCAUUCGCGGUCGACCAGUCGUUGUGAAACUUAACUCUGGCGUCGAUUAUAGAGGAAUUCUUGCCUGUUUGGAUGGCUACAUGAACAUUGCCAUGGAGCAGACGGAAGAGUAUGUGAAUGGACAGUUGAAGAACAAGUAUGGCGACGCCUUCAUCCGAGGAAAUAACGAUCUUGCCGCCAUGAAGAGCAACAAGGCCGAUGACGACUAUGACUACCUUUUCAAGGUUGUCCUGGUCGGCGACUCUGGCGUUGGAAAAUCUAACCUGAUUUCGCGGUUCACCAGAAAUGAAUUCAACAUGGAGUCGAAGUCAACUAUCGGUGUGGAGUUCGCCACAAGAAGCAUUGAGGUUGACGGGAAGACUGUGAAGGCCCAGAUCUGGGAUAUGGCUGGUCAAGAGCGUUACAGAGCCAUUACGAGUGCGUAUUAUCGUGGUGCGGUUGGAGCUCUUUUGGUGUACGACAUUACGAGGCAAGUGACUUUUGACAAUGUGGAGCGCUGGCUGAAAGAGCUCCGCGAUCAUGGCGACCAGAGCAUCAUUAUCACUUUGGUCGGAAACAAAUGUGAUCUGCGGCAUUUGCGAAAGGUUUCUUUGGAGAAGGGCCAGGCAUUCGCAGAGAAGGAGGGCUUCUUCUUUAUUGAGACAUCAGCCCUCGAUGCCACCAACGUCGAGGACGCCUUUACUCAGAUUUUGACCGAGAUCUAUUGGAUGAUGAACAAGAAGGCGUUGGCACCCGAUGAAGAUAACUACGCUGGUCCAGGGAAAGGCCAGACCAUCAACAUCAACGCUCCUCAGGAGGAGAAGCCUGUCCAGUCCUCAUCCACACCGCGCAACCUCCCCCCCACCAUCCCAACCGACCCCAUCCGCUACUCCCUUCAUUCCCUUCCUCCCCGCCUGGCGCAUGACAUACCCCUUCACUCCCCAAACCCGCCACUCCUCCGCCCCCCCUUCUUCCCCCGUCCCCCCCCCGCGCGCCCUCAGGUGGAGGCCUUGCGCGCGGAGGGGCGCAACCCCUUCGCGUACACCUUCUCGCGCACGCACAGGGCGGCGGAGCUACAGGAGCGCUUCAGGGGGCUGGGGAGCGGGGAGCAGGCGGAGGGCGGGGAGGUGGUGGCGGUGGCGGGGCGCGUGGUGGCGCGAAGAGUGAUGGGGAAGCUGGCGUUUCUCACGCUGAGAGACGAGGAGACGAGCAUCCAGCUAUACUGUGAGAAGGCAGUGAUGGAGGACGCAGAAGAGGGAUCGUUCGCGUUCCUCAAGAGCAUCCUGGACGUGGGGGACAUCGUGGGGGCCACCGGCACCAUCAAGAGAACCGAACGAGGGGAGUUGAGCGUGGUGGUGCAGGGCGUGCAGCUGCUGACCAAGUCGCUGCUGCCUCUGCCUGACAAGUGGCACGGGCUGGCAGAUGUGGAGAUUCGCUACCGCCAAAGGUAUCUGGACAUGAUCGUCAACCCCUCUGUGGCGUCCGUCUUCAGAGCGAGGGCCAAGGUGAUCAAGGCCAUUCGACAGCACAUGGAAGACAACUGCUUCGUUGAGAUCGAGACGCCCGUGCUGCAGGGCGAGGCGGGGGGAGCGGAGGCGAGGCCAUUCAUAACGCACCACAACGCCCUGCAACAGGACAUGUUUCUUCGCAUCGCCACAGAGCUGCACCUCAAGCGCAUGCUGGUGGGGGGAUUUGACAGGGUGUACGAGAUAGGCCGCAUAUUCCGCAACGAGGGCAUAUCCACACGCCACAACCCCGAGUUCACCUCCAUUGAGCUGUACCAGAGCUACGCGGAUUACAGUGACAUGAUGGCGCUGUGCGAAGCAAUGGUUGAGAGCGCAGUGACAGCCCUCCAUGGCACCACCACGGUGCCCUACCAGGGCACGCCCAUCCACUGGGCGCGCCCCUGGCGCCGCGCUUCCAUGGACUCGCUCGUUCUGCACGCCACUGGGGUCGACUUUCUGUCUGCUGAGCUUGCAGGGGACCUUGCUGCGGCUAAGGAGGCGGCUGUUCGCGCUGUCAGGGAGGCCGGGUCGAGUGCGGGGAGUGCAGGGGGUGUGAAUGGGACCGAUGCUGCUGGUGAUGGUGAUGGGGCUGCAAGCAUCAGAAGCAGCAGCAAGGUGAAUCGCAAGGCGGUGGCAGCAGCGGUGCGCAAGAUUGAGGAGGCGGGGAGUGUGGGGGCAGUGCUCAACUGUGUGUUUGAGGCCGUGGUGGAGAGCACAUUGGUGCAGCCCACGUUUGUUAUGGAUCACCCUGUCGAGGUCUCACCCCUCGCGAAGCCCCACAGGAGCCGGCCUGGGUUGACAGAGCGCUUUGAGCUCUUUGUGUACGGCCGAGAGCUCGCCAAUGCCUUCUCCGAACUCACGGACCCGCUGGACCAGAGGUCUCGCUUGGAGGAGCAAGUGAAAAAACAUGCAGGCAAGCUGGCCAGAGCCGAAUCCGCUGCUGCAGCAGCAGCUGCUGGUGCUGGUGACAAGCAGGAGCAAGGGGCGAAGGGCAAGGGGGCAACGGAAGAGGAGGAGGAGGAUGAGGAGGCGUAUGAGGUGCGGCUGGAUGAGGACUUUCUUACGGCGCUGGAGUAUGGCAUGCCACCGACAGCCGGCAUGGGCAUUGGCAUUGAUCGCCUGGUGAUGUUUCUGACUGACAGCCCCAGCAUUCGGGACGUGAUAGCGUUCCCAGUUCUCAGGGCACUCCCUUCUGAGCCCAAUGCAGCGUCAUCUUCAUGA